UGAGUGGUGUGUAUGAUUGACAAGCGUCGAGAUCUGCGGCUGUGUAAUCAUGGCGGAUGAAAUGUUGCGAGCGCAGAGCGCGCAGUCGGGUGGUGACACGAUCUUCGGCAAAAUCAUCCGUAAAGAGAUUCCUGCAGACAUCAUAUAUGAAGAUGAUCAGUGCAUCGCCUUCAAUGACGUGGCUCCUCAGGCCCCCACACACUUCCUGGUGGUCCCCAGAAAACCCAUCGCUCAGAUCUCUAAAGUAGAUGAUGCAGAUAAAGAGUUGCUUGGACACCUGAUGGUUGUUGCUAAGAAGUGCGCUGAGCAGGUGGGAUUACCCAGAGGAUACCGGCUGGUGGUCAAUGAGGGUCCUGACGGGGGUCAAUCUGUUUAUCACAUUCACAUUCAUGUCCUGGGUGGCCGUCAGAUGGGUUGGCCUCCUGGCUAACCUCUCCGUCUCACAAUAUCACUGUGUCAUUAGCCAGAACAUUGUGCACCAAAAUAAUUGUUUAUGUACAUGUUAAGUAGUCAAUAAGGAGAAACG